AUGAAGGGGGAGUGGGGCGAGUGGAACAGGCUGCACGAUCUCAUGAAGAACUAUCACGACAACUACGAAGCCGAGUUCAACCGCAUCUACGAUGCGGCGGACAAGCAGGUGGCGGCGGCCGACGACAAGAACUUCCGCUACUUCAUACACGAUGCCAUCGGGCUGGAGGAGAACCUCCGCCUGCACCAGACCACAGAAGACCAAAUGUUUGCCGAGCUGGCAGUGCGGAUGCCCGAAUUGUCGGAGGGCCACCAGGCGGAGCACAAGGCAAUCGACGCGGGGCUCGACCAGUACGUGGCCUACCUGGAGGCCGUGCGCACAAAGACGCGCGCCUACGACCCGGCGCAGCUGCGGGCCAUCAUGGACGGCUUGCGCGAGGUGCUCUUCACCCACAUGGCGCACGAGUUGGAGAGCCUACACGCCGCCACCCUCCAGCAGCACUGGACCCUCGACGAAGUGCGCAAGUUCCCGUUCUGA